UCCUUGCGCUGGGAGGCGGAGCCGGGAGGAGCGUGCCCUUCCUCUUCCUGGCUGGGCAUCUGCGGCUGGAGGGGCGCCGGAGCGGGCCGGGCUGGGGUCACAAGGCCUCAGCCUGAGCUCACUGUCUGUGAUCAAUGUGCGAAUCAUUUCCACAUCCUAAACCCAUUCCCAGCUUUGGAGGUCUCCAAAUGAAUAACCCUAUACCUUCCAACUUGAAAUCAGAAGCAAAAAAGGCUGCUAAAAUUCUAAGAGAAUUCACAGAAAUAACUUCCAGAAACGGACCUGAUAAGAUCAUUCCUGCCCACGUGAUUGCCAAAGCCAAGGGCCUGGCGGUCCUGUCGGUGAUCAAAGCGGGGUUCCUGGUGACCGCCCGAGGAGGCAGCGGGAUCGUGCUGGCGCGUCUUCCCGAUGGAAAGUGGUCCGCACCCUCGGCCAUCGGGAUCGCGGGGCUCGGCGGGGGAUUCGAGGUCGGAAUCGAGGUCUCCGAUCUGGUUAUCAUUUUGAACUACGGCCGAGCAGUAGAAGCUUUUGCGAAAGGUGGCAACCUGACCCUUGGAGGGAACUUCACUGUGGCAGUGGGGCCCCUGGGAAGGAAUUUAGAAGGAAACGUGGCCUUAAGAAGCUCUGCCGCCGUCUUCACGUAUUGCAAGUCCAGAGGGCUCUUUGCCGGCAUAAGUUUAGAAGGCAGCUACUUGAUUGAAAGGAAAGAAACCAAUCGAAAGUUUUAUUGUCAAGAUAUUCGAGCUUAUGACAUCUUGUUUGGAGAUACCCCGCGGCCUGCUCAAGCGGACGACCUUUAUGAAAUUCUGGAUUCCUUCACUGAAAAGUAUGAGAAUGAAGAGCAGCGAAUCAACGCGAGGAAAGCGGCCCGGGAGCAGAGGCGGGCUUCGGCUAAAGAAUUGCCUCCGAAACCAUCGUCCAGAACUCCACAACCGGCGCAAGGCCAGCUGACCUCUGGCUCUCAGGGUAACAGAAAUGAAUACAAGCUCUACCCCGAACUUCCCAGCUACCAUGAGAGAAUUGGCGAUUCAAACCGGCCCAUAGAAGUGACCGCUCUGUACUCUUUCCAAGGACAACAGCCGGGGGAUCUGAGUUUUCAGGCUGGAGACAAAAUCACAGUCACGUCGAAGUCAGAGUCGCACUUCGACUGGUGGGAGGGGAAGCUUCGAGGCCAGACCGGCAUUUUUCCAGCCAACUAUGUGACCAUGAAUUAAAGUUCGUUAUUUUCUUCUCUGAGAAUUACAAAAAGUAAUUAUUUCCACACUAACAGGAUUUACUGUCCAGUUAAGCACUGUUUUCUGUAAGUUUAAAAAUUUGACAAGAAUAAGAAAUAAAAGGCAUCCAGGUUGGAAAGGAUAAAUGUUUUACUUUAUGUAAAGGAACUUGUUUUUUCAUCUGCAAAUAAAUGAUUAACUUACACAUCUUUAAAUGCUUUGUACUAAUUUUAUCACAUAUGCUAUUUAAUAGUUAAGAUCCUCAAUUUAUAUGGUCACAGUCCUUUUGUGUUUAUUUUCAAACAUCACUAAACAUUUGAUUUGGCAAUGUAUAUGGUAGCUGUUUAUUUUAAUUUAAGAAUCUUGAGGGUAGAGGCAUAAAUACCAAUACAUUUGUUUCAAUUUGCAAAAAAGAGAAAAUCAGCUUCCAUAGGGUAGCAGUAGUAAUACUUAGAGCCGUAGGUGUUACCCAGAAUAUGAAUCCUUAAAAAUUAUCUUUACACCUUUAAAGAUUAUGUAUAGACAUGUAUAGUAGGAAUGAACUAUUUAAAAGAUGUUCAGCUACUAUGCACUUGAAAAAGAUAAUAUCCACUAAUUUUUUUCUUUAUAAGGGUAUGAUGUUCAUCUCCAGCAGUCGAAUGCACUUACAUUGACGUGGUUUAUCUGUCCCUAAAUAAAGGUGUU